GACAUCAUGAAUGACUUCCCAGAUUGGGGCUAUAGGCGGGUCGGCGCUCGGCUCGGCGAGCUCCUGGGGGUGAGCUUGCAGGAGUCCGACUAUCAAGCUGUCCUGCGGCUGCAGAAGGCUGAGCCUAAUGCAUCUGAAGCCAAUGGCCAUGGUUGGUCAAAUUUCUCUGGGAACGUGCGUGAUCACGUGGAUUCUAUCCAGGAGCUCGUUGUCUCUCAUCCGGAGUUGGGGUACAGGGCUAUCGGGGGCAGACUGGAGCAGAGGCUCGGCGUGAAGCUAUCCUGCGCGCACCUUGCGGUUGUACGACGCAUCAUGACCGAGCUGUCGGAGGGUCGCGCGGCGGUGGUCGAGCUGGAGUGGGACGAGUUCUCCGACGACGUGCGGGAGCACGUCGACUCUAUCAGAGCACUCGUUGUGGCUCACCCUGGCAUGGGCUACAAGGGCAUUGCGAAGGAGUUCGAGCAGCACAUCCGGUUGAAACUAUCCCCUGCCCACCUGAGUGUCGUGAGGUGCAUCGUGGAGGGCAUCUCGCAGGGCCGUGCUGUCGCUGUGGACGUGCGCGACCACGCUGCCACCAUCAUGGAGCUCAUGACGCGUCACCCGGCCAUGGACUAUCAUGGCAUCGCACACGAGCUUCAGAAGGUGCUCGGGGUGGAGCUAUCUGAGAGCCAGAAGCAAUGCAUCCGUGCUGUCAUGGCCGAGAUCAGCAUCGACCUCGUGGCUGAAGAUGUGGCUAUGCCAGAGCAGGCCGACGUCGACGAUAUCUUUCCCGGCGACGUGCGUGAGCACGUGGACUCUAUCAAGGAGCUCGUGGCCUCUCAUCCGGAGUGGGGGUGCAGGUCUAUCGGGCGCAAUCUGGAGCAGAGGCUCGGCGUGAAGCUAUCCACCGCCCACCUGCAGGUUGUCCAUCGCAUCAUGAUCGAGCUGUCGGAGGGUCGCGCGGCGGAGGCUCCGCGCCAGGAGUGGGACGAGUUCUCUAGCGACAUGCGGGAGCACGUCGACUCUAUCAGAGCACAUGUUGUGGCUCACCCUGGCAUGGGCUACAGGGGCAUUGCGAAUGAGUUCCAGCGGCAUCUCCGGGUGAGGCUAUCCCAGGCUCAUCUGAGUGGUAUCAACCGCGUCAUGGCGGGCAUCUCGCAGGGCCGUGCUGUGCCGGGCGCGCAGCGGGCGCGCGCGGAUUGUGCGGAAGGAGCUGUGGACGUGCGCGACCACAUUGCGACCAUCAAGGAGCUCAUGAUGCAAGACCCCAGCAUGGACUAUCAGGGCGUCGCCCAUCAGCUUGAGCAGAAGCUGCAGGUGGAGCUAUCCGAUGCUCAGAAGCAGGCAAUCCGCGGUGUGAUGGCCCAGAUCGGUAUCCAGCUCGUGGCUGAUGAUAUGGCUAUGCCAGAUCAGACGGAUCUCGAGGUCUUCUCCGGGGACGUGCGGGAGCACGUGGAUGCAAUCCAGGAGCUCGUCGCUUCUCAUCCGGGGCUGGGGUGCAGGGCCAUCGGGCGCAAGCUGGGGGAGCAGCUCGGCGUCAAGCUAUCCUGGGCCCACGUGCAGGUGGUCGAGCGCGUCAUGAGCGAGCUCUCCGAGGGCCGCGCCGCCGUGGGCGUGUCUAUGCGACAGCAGACAGAGCGCCAGAACUUGCCGCACUUCGCGGGGAACCUGCGGCAGCACGUGGAUGACAUAAAAGAGCUCAUGACGCUGCAUCCCACCGCAGGCCGGCAUCACAUCUCCCGCCAGCUGGAGAUUCGGCUCGGGCAGGUGCUAUCUGCCCGCCACGAGUCGGUCAUCCGUCGCAUCAUGAUUCAGCACGGUUCUCUGUCCUAUGAGUUCCUGAGUGGCGAUCAGGAGGCCCCCGUUGUGCAGCGACUAGUCCAGGGUCAUGCGGAGGCCGCGGCGCGGCGCAAGGCUGUGCAAGAUAACUAUGAACGUGGUGUGUCCCUGGCGGUGCUUCGGCGCUGGAUGUCUGAGCACUAUGCGCCCGAUGCUGGCGAGCGCCCUGUUCGGCGUGUCUGGAAGGGCUGGGGCUGGGACAAGUACGUGGACUGCGCUGCUACCUGCUGGGCUCGGCGCGUGCGUGCGAAGACAGACGAGGACCAGGCUCUGCAGGCUAUCAUCAAGUCCGCCCACCGCGAGGCGGUGCCGCUCUGGAUGCUGGGGGAGGGCUAUCGCUUCUUCAUCGCCUACGAGAACUGGGUCUCCUGCCAGCAGUGCGGCUAUCGGUGGCAGGUUCACAAAGGAAAGCUUUCUGGGGAGAGGUUGGUCUAUGGUGACACGCUCCGCUCAGACCGUGUCAGUCGUCUCCCUCGAGUCCUCGCCUGUGGCGACCGGGGCUAUGGCACCAGAUGCUCUCUCCCGUUGGAGGCGCUCCUGUGGCCUCUGCCCGCGGAGAUCGAGGCGGGCGUCAAGACCGAGCAGCUCUAUCUAGUGCCGCAGAAGAACCAUUGGCCAGUCUAUCUGCCUGGUCUUCAGCGGUUCGUGACUGCCUAUGACUUCGGUCCGCGCCUCGCGGCCAUGCGCCAGGCGAUGCGAGAAGGUCCCGUGGGCCUCAUGGAUGUGGGCGAGCUGGAGGCCUUGGUGCAGGAGUAUGCCGUCUAUGGAGAUUUCGUGAGGGAGCACUGCACGGAGGGCAUCGUAAGCCUCUUGGACAUCGCGAAGGACGAGGCCGCCACCAUCACGCCGUUCCUGCUCUUCGUCACGAAGCAGAGGGAGCGGGGCUCUGUCACCAGGGGGCCUACCUAUAACUGGAAGAAGACUCAGGUGUGCCGGGUCAACUACAAGCGUGAGGACUUGGACACGUGUGGUGCUAUGACUCCCCGGGCGCGUGCUGCGUAUGACUGGCUCAUGGCGCACAACCGCACCUAUCGGCGCUACGUCAUGCAGCACAAGCGGGAGCUGGCCGCUCCUGCGGAGUACCGGGAGAUGUUCAUCGCCACCUAUCGGCUGCUCAUCCAGAGUCGGGGCAUUGAGGUGGCGCUCUACCCUGUGCUCUAUCCCUGGGAGGUGUACGGCGACAGCGACGUGAGCAGCUGGGCCAAGGACCGCCAGCUCGUGAAGAAGUCCCAGCUCCCGACUAUCAAAUCCAGCUUCCUUCGGAAAGUCCAUUCCCGCUGCCGGACUUAUGGCGACGCGGAGGCCGUGCUGGACCUUGCCUUCCUGCUCUAUGACAUGGCAACCGCGCAGCGCAUCUCCGCCAGCAUUGCUACCGCGGAGCGCCAGGGCAUCACGCCGGACGUCGUGGCGGACAACAGCUCUACGUCCGAGAGCUAUUGGCGUCACGAGCAGGUCCUCCUGCACGAGCCGCUAUUCGCCGACUGGAAGGCCGCGGACCGCAUGUCGGCGUGUCAGGGGAUGCUGUCCGAGCACAUCUAUGACCUGCUUUACGAUGGGAUGAAGCAGAUUCUCCGCCCGAGCGAGUUCUUCGAAGAGGUGUUCGACUAUGUCAUUCGCCUGGAGUUCCAGGGCCGCAAGACCGAGCACAUCCAUAUUGCAGCGUGGGUGCGCCCGAAAGGGAAUCUAUCUGGCCGUAGCGGCCAGGCGGAUCGGACUGCCUUUGUGAUGUUCUUGGAGGAAGUGUUCCGCGGCUCUGUGGACGUCCAGGAGGGCUAUGGGUUUCUGAACUACAUCAACGGCUACGUCGUCAAGGGCAACCAGUCUAUGGAUUAUCAGCCUGACGCCGCGCGAAGCGCCGGAGACGAACGCUCGGCGUGGCGCACGACCUAUCGUAUGCUGUGCAAGCUGGCGCCGGGACUGCCGGAGGUCUUCCUGGAUUUUGCAGGCGCCAAACACAUGUAUCGUACGUUCGGUGUCGUCAACGCGUACGCUAUCAUACCAGGGCAGGAUGACAAAGGCAGCAAUGACACCAAGCGGCUGUAUCGUCAGUAUCUAUUGCGGACCCCCGUCGGUGAUGGCCCGAAGCCGUGUGGCAGCUUUCUGAGCUAUCUCCGUACCUACAAACUGUCGGAGGACCACCAGAAGGUCAUCGAGCGCAGAGGGCGCGGGGACGACUCCCGCGUGGCGGUGGGCGUCCGCUUUGCAUUCGAGAUGCAGGACAAUUUCAUCGGCCAGUUCUGCACUAUGAUGUUCCCGCACGGAGACUCCGGUACUUUUGCGCCGCCACAAGGGGAUCCCGAGUUGAUCCCUUUCACGAAGCACUAUCUGAAGGCAGUGAAGUAUCUUCAGCACCUCGCGUGCAUGACGGGCACGCGUCCUUCUUGCGAAGAGUCUAUUCGCCAGCGGGUGAAAGAGAUGGUGCCGCAGGAGGAGGGAGAGGCAGAAGAACGCUAUCGCCUCCGCGUUCUGGCGAAGAUGAAGAGCACCCGCUGGGUUGGCUUCGCCAGGAAGGCCACGUCUAUCGUCGAGCUGUUCGAUGCGCCCGUCGAGACUAUCGCUGACCGUCUCCAUGAGUACAGCUGGGAGCCCUACGACGGUUGGCCUUGGCUCCCUCCCUCACGGUCCUCCGACUCCGAGGACAUGCCUAUGCGCCCUGGAGAUCAACUGUUCCAUCCUCUGAGAUGUGCUGAUGAUACCGAGGGCGCCUAUGGUAAGCCCUUCCACGGCGUUGACGCGGCGCUCGAUUAUUUCGAGGACGUGGUGGCGGCGGACCUGCGCAUCCGCGUCUUUCCUGGGCGUGCAAGGUCGUUCCGAGCGCGGCUCCAUGCCGUGCACUGCUACUAUAACCACAUGCAGCACUGCCGCGACCACCCCGACGACAUCCCGCUUGAUGUCCGCCGAGCAGCAGACCGCCUGAUGCACGCUGAUUCGUCUAUUGACGCACGGUUCGCAUACUACAACGAGUACAAACGGCAGUGGAACAUCUGUGACGCGCAUGCGCGCCCUCGCAUCACGUGGUCUGCCGACCAGGAGGAGGUGCUGAAGACCAAGGUGCAGCACGAGAACAUCAACGUGGAGACCAUACACUCUGCGUGGCACAUCUAUCGCAGGGCCGAUACCGUCGUUGACUAUGCGCCUCCGUCGCGCCUCCGCACCUAUGACCUCUUCAUCAUCGAUGAGGCGUCGCAGAUUGAGGACGACGUGGCUGUGCGCUUGCACAACGGCUUCAGGGAGCUGCCGCAGCGGUCCACGGUCUUCUUUGCGGCGGACUUCCAGCAGCUGAAUCCGCUCGGAAGUUCGGCGGCCAUGCGGACGUGGAUCACGGUCAUGACCACCAUCUCACUGUACACUAUACACAGGACAAACGAUGAUCGUCUCCUAUCUUUCCUGCGGCAUGUGCGCCUGAGGCAGCCGCACAGGGGGGUCAUCCGGUCCUUCUUCGCCGGGCGCACGUGGGACUCCAUCACCCUUGAGCUGGCCGUGCAGAGAGGGAUGGCUAUCGGCGCUCGUCUGGGGGAGCCCUUCCACUGGCUCACCGUGACCAACAAGGGGGCCGAGGCGAUUAAUUCGGCGUGUCUAUCGGCGUGUGGCUACGACAAGCCUGAGAACCAUUCGCCGCUCUGCGGGGACCCCAAGGUAGCUGGCAAGAAGCGGCGAUUCAUUGCUCCUGGUGUGGUUGUUCGGCUCACGCGGAACCUCGACAAGGAGCGGGGCUUCGUCAACGGCGCCAAUGGCACUAUCGAUGUUGUGCUGGAGAACAAGUCUAUCUUUACGGUGACGCUCACGGGCACCAAGCACCGUCUCCUCGUGCACCCGAUCACCGACGCAGGAGAUUACUUCUUGCCGUGCACCUAUGGCUAUGCUACCACCAUCCGCAGGGCCCAGGGAUCUUCUCUUGGGCUUGGUGCGCUCUAUUUUGAUCACUGUUAUCCGCCGGAGCGGGGCUAUGGCUACGUGGGUGCCAGCCGCUUCAGACACGCCGAGCGCAUCUAUCACUUUGGGUGCAUUCGGCGUACGGACUGGCUGCCUGUCAGCAUGGGGCAGGAUGAUCCUGAUGAGCAGACUAUGAGGUCCACCCAGAGCGAGUCUGAUGACGAGUACGGGCCUGGGCCACGGGACAGCGACACGGAGUCCGAGAUCAGCACUGUCGCUGAUUCUUCUCAUCCUUAUGAUGAGGACGAGGAGGCCCGCUGUGCUAUCCUCGAGCACAUGUCCGCCUUCUCUGGCGCGGGCGAUCUGUCAGCCUUCGCGGGGCGCGGCCUUCAUGGGCUCGUUUGA